ACCAUCUUGCAACAAGCACACAUGCAGAGAUAAUUAUGCAUAUCAUAUUUUGUCAUUUAAUAGGAAAUAAAGUAUCAUAGGCAAGCAUAACUUAAAAAGAAAUCUGCACUAAUCCGGAAUGUGUUGGUGCCAUGACACAAAAUGACACAUACUGUAAGGUAACAGGAGGUGGUGCGUAUUUCGGCGUUUUGAGUUUGGUACUAUCAUUGCCUGUUCCUGUUGACAGAGUAAUCAAUUUGGAGCGACAGAAUUGCUUUUAUAUUUGUCACUUAAGAAAAGAUUUCAUAAAUAUUUAAACAAUGGAGUCUCGCCCAUGUGCAGUAAUAGCCAGCUGCACUAGCACACACCCAGAAGAUAUAAUAAAAUCAAUUCUGGGUGUAGAGGAACUUCCAGACUAUACAGAGGUGGAAGAUGGGAUAAAGGCAUAUCCCUGGCAUAUAGAUACUAAGUACUACACAGCAGAUGUAAACCUGUGUGCUGUUGAGAAGAAAACCUUGGGCAGUGAAGAUUUUGCUGUUUCUGUUGAAGCAAUAGUUGUCCACUUUGACAGCAACAGGAGUGAUGGUCUUUCUGCUGUUGAAGGUUGGUUGUCAUUCCUUAAGGAGUUUGAGCCUGAAGUUCAAAUAUUGCUAUGUGAUCGAUGUGAGGAGGAACCCCCUGAAGGACUGGCCAGAGUCACAGUGCAAGAAUGGUGUGUUGAACAAGGCUUUGAAUUGGUGGAACUCAAUCCAGAUCUUGACCCUGAGUGGGAAGCAGAACAAGAUUUCCUGGAGACUACUGGUGUGAAACGAGUUAUCCAAGCUCUACAUGCUCACCUUUGGCCGAAUUUGCACAUGAAAGGUAAGCCCCAGCAGCUAUCUCGAACAGUCCAAUCAAUGUUAGUGGGUAAUGCUCCCACAACACCCACAAAUGGCAACAGUGAUGAGGAUGCAGACCAGGGGUCUACUCUUGAUAACAGUUCUUUCUUUGCAGCUACGUGUACAGAGGAACGAAUAGAUGAGUUACUUGGUGAUAGUGGUGGUGUAGCAGGUUUCUCUUCUUUAUUUGAACAACUGUGUACAAUGAAGGAGCGAGUCUCUAAACUUCCAAGUGACCAAAGAAGAGCUUGUGCUGAACAGGUUGUAAUGGCGUUUUGGAAAGCAAUAGGUGGAGAUGAUGAUGAGUUAUCAGGUCUUGGUUCAAACUGAAAUAAAUGAGAAGGGACAAGAGUUGAUGUUUCAUCCAAGGAUGUGAUUACUGCAACUCAUUCUCCGAAUGAAGAACCACGUUUGAUAUGAAAUCAUGAUGUUCCAAAUUUCUUCAGAGAGGAUAUCUUGUGAUUCUUAGCUUUCUCCGAGUAUUAUAUUUAUACCACUUUUGUCAUAUCAGUACUGAUGUGAGGAAGCAGAAAAGUUUUCUAGUCGAUUACAUCUGUAUUCUGAUGUUGAUAGGGCAGUAUAUUAUUGGGAGCAAUAUAAAUCUUUUCUAGGAACUAUACUUUAGUCAUAUGUAAAGGAACUGUGUGAAAACAUUAACACCUGUGUACCAAUCUCCUAUGCCGAAGAGCUAUUGGUGUCUUUGAAUCAAACUUAAUUAAAAUAAAUAUUUGGUAGUUGUUUUCCCAGGUGCUAUCAUCACUGCCUGAGAAACUGAGAAUUUUUCCAAAGCAGUUUUGGACUUGAUAACUUCAUUGAUAUUGUUUUGUGAUCCAGAGAUAUACCCUCUGUUUGUUGUACAUAAAAAGGAUAUUUUUUGUUUUAAUUCAACACUGAAUUGUAAUGCUCUAGAAUAUCAUGUUCCUAAUGAAAGAAGGAAAUGGAAACUCUUCUCUUUGAUUUGGUAACAUAGAGACCAGUGUAUACAGUAAAUAUCUGGUUUCACAUAGUGUAUUGUUGUUUUUCAUUUUUAAUGCCUUUUUAGAAAAUUUAGCAAACUUAAACAUGAUAUGCAUGUAGUCUAAAAAGAGACAAUUUAUCUUUUGUACCACGUUAUUGGAGGUACAAUCUUGUUACUCUGCAGCAGUAAAUUCUGAUGUGUAAUAAAACUGGAAGUGCAUGUGAUCAGCAUGUAAAUAGUUUAUCCUUAAGAAGACAGUUUUGCUUGGAGUAUAUAAUAGCAUGAGAAUUGGGAAGUUAUAUCUGUGCAAUAUUAAUCUGCUGUAGUGUAUGUCACAAUCGUAUCAUGUUGUUAUAUUAUUAUAGUCUCAGUUUCAAAGCUAAUUUCAUGAUUCAGAACUUAUCUUGCUCUGUUGUCUCAUUUCAAUUGAAACGCUAUUUUUUGUUUCAUACAAGUGAAGGAUACUGUAUGUCUGUCUGGUCAUUGCCAGUCACAUUUUGUAAAAUCAUUGAUUCUAUAAUAUAUCAAUUGGAAAAUGAUCUGUAGAAGUUAUUAAUUUGUGUAUAAUGAAAAUAUAAAAUUAAAAACAAAUAUUGUUGAUUAUGAUAUGGACAGAUUCUUAUAGUUGGUCUGUACUUUUGCUAUCCUAGACAUCACUGUAAGAUAUAGCACUUGGUAUGCUGUUACAGUUUUUGCCAAAAUGCUAGUGUUAAUGAAUGUCAUUAUGGUCAUCGUAGACAGCUUCUCACAUCUUCGACUGUGCCAGAAUAAAAGAAGUUUUGUACAUUAGAGCAUCAUGAUACUGUGUUAUUUUGUAUUACUGUUGUUACGUUGUUCUUGCUUUAUGAUGGAAUUUACCUUAGUGUAUGCUGUUUUCAGUGCACUUGGACUUUAUGUAACGUAUUCAUUGGUGCCUCAAGUAGUAAAGGGUACAGCAAUCA